AUGGACCCUCCUGAACUGCGGUUUGGGGGCCAGUGCUCAGGGUCCAGGAGAGUGGACGCCAUGGGGCUCCUGGAGCCACUGCUCCAGCUCCUGCGGGCAGGGGCUCUCUGUGCGAAGCCGGCGCUGCAUCCGGACUGUCCCCCAGGAGCCGUGCCCUUCCGAGACCUCCAGUGUGCCCUCUACAAUGGCCACCCUGUCCUGGGCCCCCAGAAAACUUACCAAUGGGUGCCCUUCUAUGGCGCGCCCAACCAGUGCGACCUCAACUGCCUGGCCGUGGGACAUGCCUUCUACCACAGCUUUGGCCGCGUCCUGGACGGUACUCCCUGCAGCUGGGGUAGCCAGGGACUCUGCGUGGCUGGCCGCUGCCUGAACGCCGGCUGUGACGGUUUGAUGGGCUCGGACGCCCGCGAGGACCACUGCGGUCGCUGCGGCGGCACCAACGACUCGUGCCUCUUCGUGCAGCGCGUGUUCCGUGACACCGGAGCCUUCGCGGGAUACUGGAACGUGACUCUGAUCCCCGAGGGCGCCAGGCACAUCUACGCCGCCCACCGGAGCCGCAACCACCUGGCGCUGAUUGGGGGCGACGGGCGCUACGUGCUCAACGGCAACGGGGAGAUCAGCCCGUCCGGGACGUACGAGGCGGCGGGCACCCGCGUGGUCUACACCCGCGCUGCAGGGCCAGAGGAGACGCUGCGCGCGGCCGGACCCACGUCCCAGGACUUGGUCCUGCAGGUCCUCCUGCAGGAGCCCAAUCCCGGCAUUGAGUUCGAGUUCUGGCUCCCCAGGGAGCGCUAUGGCCCCUUCCAGGAGCAGGCCCAGGCCCUGGGCUGGUCCCUGAGGCAGCCGCGGCCUCUGGAGGUGGAGCCCCAGUCCCUUGAGUCCCAGGAAGCCCGGCCUGCUUUCCCCACACGGACCCCAAACCCCACCCCAGAUCCCUGCCCACCCUGCCCCGACACCCGUGGUCGUGCCCACCGGCUGCUCCACUAUUGCGGCAGUGACUUUGUGUUCCGGGCUCGAGUGCUGGGCCACCUCCGCCAGGCCCAGGAGACCCGCUAUGAGGUGCGUGUGCAGCUUGUCUACAAGAACCGCUCGCCACUGCAGUCCCUCGAGUAUGUGUGGGCACCUGGCCGCUGCCCCUGCCCACCAAUGGCCCUCCAUCGAGAGUACCUGCUGGCUGCCCAGCGCCUUGUCAGCCCUGAUGGCACUCAGGACCGGCUGCUGCUGCCCCAUGCUGGCUACGCCCGGCCCUGGAGCCCCGCCGAGGACAGCCGUGUACGCCUGGCUGCCAGGCACUGCCCUGUCUGA